AUGGCUGCCGGACUCAAGACUAUCAUCGCACUCUCCUUCGUUCUCGCCAUUGGCUUCCUCCUCGUCAUCCUCUCCUCCGCGUUAUGGCACAAGUACUGGCCGCUCCUGGUGGUUGCCAUCUACGUUGUCGCACCCCUCCCCAACUGGAUCUGCCAACGAUGCGCCAAUCCAGAUGAUUUCAUGGACAGCUCCAGUAACUCAGCGAUGGACUUUGGACGUUUCAUGACUGGAUUCUUGGUCCUGACUGGUAUCGCACUUCCUAUUGUCCUCGCUCACAGCGGGGCUAUCGAGCUUCCCGCUAUGAUUAUGUCCAUUGUCGGUGGCUUGUUGAUCUAUGGCACUAUCAUCAGCUUCUCGAUGUUCUUCCAGGAGCAGGAAGAGUUCUGA